AUUUCGUUUUCAAGAGUCAGAGGCUAGAAAACAAGGAGUUCCAAAUGUAGCUGAGAGGACCAGACUUAUUGGAGACAGAGACUAAUAAUUAAGCUUGAUAUACUCUGCUAAAAAUUUAGUUUGUGAUCAUGCUCAUGCUUGCUGUUUUCCACUUGUUUUUCCUCUUGGUGACGCAAGCAUCUCCUCUGGAUCAGGUGCUGAAGUACAUUGAUGAUCAUCAAGAUGACUAUGUGAAGCACCUGAAGGAAUGGGUAAGCAUCCAGAGUGAGUCAGGCGACCCGCUGAAGAGAGACAAGGUGAUUGAAAUGGUCCAUAUUGCAGGGAAGGCGAUCGAAUCGCUGGGAGGAUCCGUCGAGCUAACAGAUUUGGGCACUGAGGAGCUUCCCGACGGAAAAAUGAUUCCAUUGCCACCAGUGGUUCUGGGUGAAUUGGGAACAGAUCCGAAUAAAACAACUGUCUGUAUUUAUGGACAUAUUGAUGUUCAACCUGCAAGAAUUGAGGACGGUUGGGCAACAGACCCUUAUGUCUUGACUGAACGGAAUGGUAAACUUUACGGUCGUGGUGCCUCAGAUGACAAGGGGCCAGUUCUGGCUUGGCUUCACGCGAUCGAAGCAGUUCAGGCGCUGAAACAAGAACUGCCGGUGAAUUUAAAGUUUAUUUUUGAAGCUAUGGAGGAAUCUGGAUCAAAGGGACUAGAGAAAAUCCUAAGCGAGAAAAACGCAACCUAUUUUUCCAACGUGGACUACAUCGUGAUAUCAGAUAGUGGAUGGCUUAGCUCAAACCCAGCCCUGACUUAUGGGACUCGAGGACUCUGCUAUUUCCUUGUAGAGGUACAAUGUGCAAAACAAGAUUUGCACUCUGGUCUAUAUGGGGGAGUAGUCCAUGAGGCGAUGACAGACCUCAUUGCCCUUCUCGACAGCCUUGUGAAUUCAACCGGUCACAUCCUGAUUCCUGAUAUCGAUGAAGAUGUAGUGCCCUUAACCAAUGAGGAGCAUCUCUUGUACAAAACAAUUGAGUUUAAUCCUGAAGGCUUCAAGGAUAAUAUUGGUGCCACUAGACUCCGCCAUGAAACCAAGGAGGACCUACUUCUUCACCGGUGGCGGUUUCCGUCGUUGUCGAUUCAUGGAAUUGAAGGAGCUUUCUCGGGACCUGGAGCCAAAACGGUCAUCCCUGCAAAAGUGAUCGGAAAGUUCUCCAUUCGUUUAGUCCCCGACAUGGAUCCCAACAAAGUGAACCGGCAGGUGGCAACAUACCUCAGCCAAGUCUUUGCAGAACGCAGAAGUCCCAACAAGCUUCGAAUUACUUUAAAUAAUGGAUCGAAAGCUUGGGUGGCUGAUGUCACUGACAAGCAGUAUGUUGCUGGGAGAAGGGCCAUCAGUAGAGUAUUUGGAGUGGAAGCAGAGCUGAUCAGAGGAGGAGGAACAAUUCCCAUCGUCAGAAUGUUCCAACAAACAAUGCAGAAAAGUGUGAUGAUGCUACCGAUUGGCGGUGCUGGUGACGCCAUACAUUCUCAGGAUGAAAGUAUUAGCAGAGACAACUACAUCAAUGGAACAAAGUUACUUGCGGCAUACCUGGCUGAGAUUUCACAGCUUUAAGAACAACUGUCUACUUUGAAGUAUAUUGGUCAAGUAGCCAACCACAUUAUGUAGUGUAUUAAAUAUUACCACCACCAGAAUAAAAAGAGAACUUCCUCUGGAUAACUUUCUAAAUACAAUGGUAGUCAGGAAUCAACAUAACAUAUAUCAAAAUGAAUCCCACAAUAUUAGUUUGGAAAUAAUCAUUGUUAUAUCUUUUCAAUUUUAAUUGGAAAAAAUCACAGGUUAUGUUAUUAUGCAUUUUAAUACCAAUACCUUAAUAUUUAGGAGGUCAAAGUUGAGUUUAUUGUCAUAUGCAAAAGUACAUGUCUGCACAUGUGCAAUGAAAAACUUACUUGCAGCAGCAUCACAGGCACAUCAUAUCAUAUAAGCAGCAUUCACAAGAAAAACCUAAAUUAAACAAAUUCUGCACAAUUUUUACAAGAAAGAACAAGAAAUGUUGCUAAUUCACUUUGAGAGGACUGGAAUGUAAAACAAGGAUGUACUGCUGAGGCAUUAUAAGGUGUUGGUCAGACUGCAUUUAGAAUAUUGUGAGCAAUUUUGGCUUCUGUAUCUAAGGAAAGACCUGCUGGCCCUGGAAAGGGUCCAGAUGAGGUUCACAAGAAUGAUUCCAGGAAUAAAAGGCUUAACCUAUGAGGAGUGUUUGAUGUCUCUGGGCCUGUAUUUGAUGGAGUUCAGAAGGAUAGGGGGUGGGGGAUUUCAUUGAAACCUACUGAAUACAGAAAGGCCUGGACAGAGUGGAUAUGGAGAGGAUGUUUCCAUUAGUCAGAGUCUAGGAUCCAAGGGCACAGCCUCAGCAUAAAGCGACGUCCCUUUAAAACUGAGAUGAAGAGGAAUUUCUUCAGCCAGAGGGUGGUGAAUCUGUGGAACUCAUUGCCAGGGAGGCCAAGUCAUUGGGUGUAUUUAAGGCAGAAAUUGAUAUCUUCUUGAUUGGGGAGAAGACAGGAGAGUGGGGUUGGAAAAAAUUCAGCCAUUAUUGAAUGGUGGAGCAGACUUGAUGGGCUGAAUGGCCUAAUUCUGCUCCUAUAUCUUAUGGUCUUUUUAGUCCCGAAAGCACAUGUAGGAGUCUAUCCUGAAUUGAAAAAAGAUCUGCUUUCACAGUGGAGGUAAAGCAACAUAAUUUUCACUGAUUAGAGAUUCACUUUAGAUGUUGUGUUACCGAGAUAUUAUUGCAGAAUCAUGGAUUAACAGUCCAGAGUUAAAAUCCCAUGAAAGGCUUGUGGGGAAUUUAAAUUCAGUUACUUAAAUAAAUCCGGAAUAAAAAGCUAGGAUUGAUCAGGGUGAUCAUGGAACUAUUGAAUUAUUGUGGAAAACAAUCAUUCCCCGAAGGCUGUUCAGGAGGGAAAACUGCUGACCUUGAGUGCUCUGACCUAUAUCUGACUCCAGAUUCCCUGCAAGCCAUCAGUAGUUAGGAAGGACAAUAAAUGCCAACAUUCCUCAUGACAUGCAUUCCUCCUCGAAUACAAAAUCUUGAUUAUAAAGUAGUAAAAUUGGGUACAAUAAAACUCCAAUAAUCCAGAAUGAUCAAAUAUUCCAGACUACUAGAUGUUAUUUCUAUUCCUGCCCAAACACACUGUUGUUUUACACGCUACACAGUGGUAUAAUAAAAUUUUCCAGGUAGCCCAGUGAACUUUAACGGAGAGGGAAACGUACAACACUUUAGACCCUGGCUCCAGCCACAAAUCCACGCAUAAUCCUUACCCUUGGUGUUCUGGACCCCAACUCCAGCAGUCUAGGCCCUGGAGUUGGCCACACUCCAGACCACCAGCUCUGGCUGUGCAUCUGGUUUGAACUCUGGGCUCCUGAUUCAGACUAAUGAAUAAAUCAAAUGCUGGACCAUCAGGAUAUCAAAACAACUAGAUGCUAGAUUAAAGAAAUGUGGGUUAUAAUGUAUGAAAAGUAAUGUCAUUUUCAUAGUGUGCAAAAGUUUUAACAAAACAAAAAUUAUUGAUGAUAGGAGAUCUAACAAAAAGAGGCACUGCAAGGACACACAUCAGUUUUUGCAGGCUAUUGAUAGAGUAAGAUGUUCCUUUGAGUACUAUUGGCAUCAACAAGAUCUUCAGCUAAAGAAUGCCUACACCUUGUUAAGCUUUUGAUGGCUACUAUGUUAUGAGACACACUGUUUCUCUUUACUGCCUGAUGAUGCUAGGGUGGGAAGUGAUACUUGCAGGCACUGACUGCUUUUACCAUGUUGUGAAAUGUGCAGGAGUGAACAGAUGAAUGACUGCUUUGAGGAAAUUGCAGGGGUCAAAUACCUUCAAGCAAAAACACCUUGGGUAUUGGUUUAUUGUUGUCACAUGUACCAAAAUACAUCUUAUGGAUACUUUUCAAUGGACGUUUAACUCUUGGAAUAAAACACUUUCUGCUCCCUUUGGUACAAAAGACCAAACUGCACCUUGGAAUUGAUGGGUGAAUAUAGUGUAUCUGCAUCAGGAUGUGAAGGUGGGAUGUUGACAUAUUCUUGAUGCAGCACUGAUGAUCAAGUGUUAUCACAGUGCUCUUCGAGAGAGGAACCUUGCAAAUGUAAA